GGGGCAGUUCGUUGGGUGCUACGUGCGUGUUACUGCGGUGUGCUGUGGGCGAGCGGCCGGCGGUAAGCGGGGGCUCUGUGCUACUGGAGAAGAGCGGGGCUGGAAGGCUCUGCGUUUGGAUCUUGGCGGGCUCCGGGCGCGCCUCUCCAUUGGCUGCGCGGCGCAGGGGCGGGGCUCCGUCUCCCGCCAUUUUGGGCGUGCGUUACUUCAGUGAUCUGAUGAAUUCCAAAAUGAAACAAAGCCUGAACGUGGAGAACCCAUCUGGAUCUCUGCAGAAGUACUUCACAGACACUGCAUGCAGUGCUGCCCCAAGACGGACUCUUAAGAUGAUUCAGCCUUCUGCGAAAGGUUGCCUGGUUGGAAGGUGUAAUGAGAAGAAAUCUUCAGUCAAGAGGAAACUCUGGAAUAACAGGCUUACCUCUUCAGCUUGUAAAGCUGAGGAAUCUGUGGACAGAGAGCAAGAAAAUGAGAAUACAGAUGAUGUCAUUCAAGCUGUAGAUCUCAUAAAAAAAAGUCCUUCAUCUCAAUAUUGGAAAGAAGUGGCUGAAGAAAGGAGGAAGGCUCUGUAUGAAGUGCUUCAAGAAAAUGAAAAGUUGCACAAAGAGAUCGAACAAAAAGAUGGUGAAAUCGCCCGCCUAAAGGAGGAAAAUGAGGAGCUCAUGUCACUGGCUGAACACGUGCAUUAUUUGACCAGCAUGAUCGAGAGGCUAACAGGGCAAGAAUCUGAUAAUCUUGAGACACUGGACAGUCUGGCUUUAGAUGAAUCCAAGCAAGAAAAUGAAGAACUUAACCUUGGUGGUGAUGCAGACAGCACUUCUUCAGAAGGGCCAUCACAAGCAUUGUGUGACUUAAGGAAGAGUGUCUUGCUUCAAGUGAAGGAAAUUAACAACUGUGACCUUAAGUAGGCUUAUGUAUGUGGAUUCUUUUAAUUGCAGACUUCCCCUUGAAAGGACAUACUACAUCUUCUCAGGGUAUAGAAACUCUUGUGGGAGCAUGAGGGUGGCUUUUAACUGAAAUUAUGUAGCAGGGAUUAUCUCUAUACUGCUUGUAAAACUUAUUACAGGCUGCAGUUAGUUACUUGUUUAAAAUGCAAAUACUGUGUAUUUCAAACUGUUGUUUAAGUAUCAAAUGGUCUGACAUAAUGCAUGAGAACUGAGAAAUAAAUUUUUGCCUUACCAAA